AUGGCGAGCGGCGGGAAAGUGGUUCUCGAGGACGUUACUUCGCUGGAUCUGAUGACGGAGCUGCUCCGCCGCAUGAGGUGCGCCUCCAAGCCCGAGAAGCGACUCAUCUUUAUAGGUCCACUGGGUUCUGGAAAGAGCACCCAAUCUCUUAUUAUUAAGGAUGAAUACUGCUUGUGUCAUUUGGCAACUGGUGGCAUGUUGAGAGCUGCUGUGGCUGCUAAAACCCCUUUAGGUAUUAAAGCUAAAGAAGCUAUGGAUAAGGGGGAUCUUGUUCCUGAGGAUUUGGUUGUUGCGAUUAUUGAUGAGGCCAUAAAAAGGCCAUCAUGCCAGAAGGGUUUCAUUCUUGAAUGGUUCCCUAGGACAGUAGUUCAAGCAGAAAAAAUCGAUGGCAUGCUGGCAAAACAAGGUGCCAAGAUUGACAAGGUGCUGAACUUUGCAAUUGAUGAUGCCAUUUUGGAGGAAAGAAUUACUGGGAGAUGGAUCCAUCCAUCUAGUGGCAGGACUUAUCAUACAAAGUUUGCUCCUCCAAAGGUUCCUGGUGUCGAUGAUGUGUCUGGAGAACCCUUGAUUAAGAAGAAAGAUGACACAGCUGAAGUCCUGAAAUCAAAGCUUGAAUCUUUUCAUAGGCAAACCGAACCCGUUAUCGACUACUACUCGAAAAAGGGCAUUGUUGGUCAGCUUCAUGCCGAGAAUCCCCCCAAAGAACUCACCGAUGAGGUGCACAAAGCUCUUUCCUAAGAGGAAUCACCUCGUCUCUCUCUGUUAACUUCAAUGCCCAUUUGAUUUUAUGUAGCUCUAUUCUUCGUUUAAGUUAUUCCCGUAUUUGAAUUGAUGCCAACGUUCUCAAUCGCAUCAACUUUUCAGGCUGUUUAUUUGUCUGUCGAUCUAAAUAAACAAACUUCUGAAACCAAGAGUUGUAUUGUUGUAUUAGUUAUUGUUGCGGGAGAUUCCAGCUACAAAACUGCUGUUACCUCCCUACUUUUCUUUAAACUUCAACGCUGGAAGUCGACUCUAUCUCUUCUUUUUAUUGUGUUGUCCUGUGAGUUGAUGCUAUCAGAUGAGACAUAUUAGUAGCAAAAGAUGGAGCUGUCA